CCGCUCCGCCCGGCUGCGCGCAUGUGCAGCGCCCGCCCCUCCCCCGCGCGGAGGCCGGACCCAGCGGCGGCGGCAGCGGCCGGGCAGGAUGAAGGACCGGACUGGGGAGCUGCGCGCCGCGAAAGACAGUGACGACGACGAUGAAGUCACCGUCAGUGUUGACCGGGACCGCUUCAUGGAUGAGUUCUUUGAGCAGGUGGAAGAAAUUCGAGGGUUCAUCGAUAAAAUUUCGGAGAACGUGGAGGAAGUGAAGAGGAAGCACAGCGCCAUUCUUGCAUCGCCCAACCCCGACGAGAAAACGAAGGAAGAGCUGGAAGAGCUGAUGUCUGACAUAAAGAAGACGGCGAACAAAGUGCGCUCCAAGCUAAAGAGUAUUGAGCAGAGUAUUGAACAAGAGGAAGGACUGAACAGGUCAUCUGCUGACCUGCGGAUAAGGAAAACUCAGCACUCGACGCUGUCACGCAAGUUUGUGGAGGUGAUGUCCGAGUACAACACCACGCAGACAGACUACCGGGAGCGCUGCAAGGGCAGGAUUCAGAGGCAGCUGGAGAUCACUGGCAGGACCACCACCAGUGAGGAACUGGAGGACAUGCUGGAGAGCGGCAACCCAGCCAUCUUCUCCUCCGGGAUCAUUAUGGAUUCAAACAUCACCAAGCAGGCACUGAAUGAGAUUGAGACACGGCACAGCGAGAUCAUCAAAUUGGAGAACAGCAUCCGAGAGCUGCAUGACAUGUUCAUGGACAUGGCCAUGCUGGUGGAGAGCCAGGGCGAGAUGAUUGACCGCAUAGAGUACAACGUGGAGCACUCGGUGGACUACGUGGAGCGGGCUGUGUCUGACACCAAAAAAGCGGUGAAGUACCAGAGCAAAGCCAGACGGAAGAAGAUCAUGAUCAUAAUCUGCUGCGUGAUCCUGGGUAUCGUCAUUGCCUCCACCUUCGGCGGCAUUUUCGGCUAGACUCACCCCACGGGACUGUUUGUGUGCAAUGGACGGAGCCACGCGUGCCAUGGGGCCGCAGCCGCGCCAGAGCGAACCACGCAGCCCCGGAGCCUCCCAGCAGCAUUUCAGUUUCUAAUGCAUGGUUGUUUGUGAUGCUGUGUGUGCGGUGCGUCUGUGCGGAGGGAGCGCCGGCCCCGGGGCGCAGGCAGGGUGCAGGGGAUGGUGAUGGGUGCAAGGGGGACCCUGAGGGGGAACCCAAGCUCUCAUCACUCCUCCAGCCUGGGUGGCUGGCUGGGACCAGGGCGGGACAGAGGUGCCCUUGGGCGCUGCUACUCCUCCUGUGCUGGGCAGUCUGUGUUAGUGACAGUCAAGGAUGAGGAGGGACUGAUGAAGGGUGUUGGACGUCCUCAGGAGCACAAUGGCCAGUCAACCUUCCCCAGCUUCCCCAUCACCUCCAGCCAGAGCUCUUACGUCUGUCAGCCACGCCUGUGCUUGCAAACACCUUUCCUUGGGCUGCUUCUCUGACAGGGCCCAUCCCCAGGGGUGCGCUCUGCCAGGCCCUGCCUCCCCCGUCCCUGCCCAUCCCGUGGCUGUGCCUGGCUGCAGGGCUCCAUCCCUACUGCUCUGCCAAUGGCAGGGCUGCCCCCUUCCUAGGCAAGCCCUCCCCCGAUGUGGGUGCCAGGGGCUGGAUGUGCUGCUGCUGGUGGUGGGUGCCUGAUGGAACAGUGUGGGAUGAGGAGCUGCUGGUUGGGGCCAUCAGGGUUGCUUGGGGAUGGGGACAGGCCACGUGGGGACUUGUGCUGCACCCUGGUGCUGGCCCUGGCACAGGUAUUUUAAGGCCAGCACAUUUCACUGGCCACUUGCCCUGCACCAAAGCCUCAUUGUUCUGUUCUCAGCCCCGGCACACGGUGGCCUUGGCUCCUGCUGCCCACAGGCCUGGGCUCUGGCUGUCAGGGUUUGGGGCUGGCUCUGAUGCCCGCAGACCCUGGCAGUGCUUGCCUGGGAGCAGGGCUACUUCCAGCCUCACUUCUCCACAUAGGCACCCAUAGCUGGGGGUUGGAGGCAGUUGGGCUUUCUCCUGUCAUGGUCCCAGGAGUGGCCCUUGUUGCAUCCACCCCCCUGCAAGCUAGGAGCAACAGCCUUCCUCCUCUAUCCUACCAGCUCCUGAGCAGGGCAGUGCCUGACUGCCCCUUCCAUCUCUUCACCACCUCUUGGCAUCUGCCCACCCCUGUCACCUCCUCCUGGCACAGUGCCCUUCUGCCUGCUCACCCCCUGGGCCAUCCAGUGAGGCACCCGCAUUCGGUAGGGUGCUGUGGGAGCACCUGGGUGCCCUGUGCCCUCUGCUGUGCUCACUACAUGGAUGCAGCCACUGUGGGGUGGCCUGAGCCUGCUGGCAGCUCAGAGGGGCCCUGUGUUGCCACUGUCCAUUUUCCUCGGGCUGGGGGCAGGGCUCUGCCCUCACAUUCCUCUGGAGACUCCAGGGCUCCAGCUGGCCCAUGCACAUGCCAAAGCACCACAGAGAAGCCCAGAGCAGGGCAGGCACCUGGGGCCAAGCUCACAGCCACACAGUGGGAUAGGGGCUGGACAUGAGCCCAGAUGCUGGUAGCAGAAAAAGGGCACUUGAUGGCAGCGAGUACUCCAGCUGCGGGCAGCGUGUCACGUCCCUGCUCCAGUCAGGGUGAGGGCAGGGCUGCUCCAACCCCGUGCUCCUCCAACCUGGCUGGGUGCUCUAGCACAGGUUCUGGCCCUGUGUGUGGAGCCCACAGGUAUGGGGUGAAAGGCAGCAGGCUGUAGCAAAGACAGUGCUGCCUUCCCCAGGUGCAGCCCUGCCCAGUAGCAACCCAGACAUAGCUCUUUCCUUGCCACUGUUACCCAAGGUCUCAAAAAUACAACCCCUGGUAGCAUUUAGCCACCCUUGGGAAGCAUGCCCAGCCUGGUCCCCUGUCCAGCCCAAGCUCCCCACAUGAGAACAUCCAAGACCAGAGCCCCCUUUUUUCACUGUCCUGCAACAACUGAUGUGAGCUACUACACUGCAGCCUGUAUGUGCAAAGGGCUUGGGGCACUGGGACCCCUGCAAGCUGGGCCAGGCUGGCUCUGGAACACCCUCCAGGACAGGAGGCAGGCAUGGGCAGGGUCCUUGCUGCAGGGAUGGAUCUGCCUACAGGAAAGGGAGCUGGAGGUGACGCACGAGUGCCUGCUGCUCCUGCCCCUGUGCAGCUCCCUGCCACCAGAGUCUGUGCUCUGCUCUCCUGAGCCAGCAAGAGUACGAGGCCCCCUCCUCCAGGAAGCAAUAACACUGCUGGCAGGGCUGCUCCUGGGCAGGCAGGCAAAAAAGCUCCUCUCAGGCUCUCACCCUGCAGCGAUGCCCACUGCUAGCACAAGGCGACUUUUUUUUCUUCCAAGCAGCAGCUUUUGUGGCACAAGCUCACAUGACAUCAGGGCUGUGGCCCACCCCGUCAAGGCACGAGGCCAAGAACAGCACUGGGGGGAUUCUGGCACUUGCUCCUUCCUUGUUGGUACCACCACUGCCAGCAGCCCCCCAGCAGCAGGAGCUGGACAGGGUGAUUCUGCCACUGCCACUUUGCUGGGAUCCUGCAGGCAGUGGUGGUGCCAGGCUCUUACGUGAGGGAAGCAGAGGAGCAGGCUGCCAUUGCUGCCCCGCAGGCAGGCUCACACUGUCCUCGCUGUGAGGGGAGGGUGUUUCGGUGCAAUAAUUACCCCUGCACUACGGGAAGCCCCGUUCAGUUCCUUUUUACCUACCUGUCGUUGCAUGUACAGACCAAAACACCAACAGUGUGGUUGUGCUUUGGGAAGACAUUUCACUUUUUCUUUCCAGCCCCCAACCUCAGACCGCUUGUCCUUUGGGUUACACCACCUCUGUUCCAAGUGCCACCUGCCCUCCCAGCACCAGGAGUGUGUCGAUGCAGUAUUCCACGAGCAGUGUGGGGCACGCACAGCUUGCACUCGAACUGGGGAUUGGUUUUUUUGUAAUUAAUGUACUUGAAGGCUUUCUGAGCCCCCCGUGGAGUUGUACUGUUGCUGUACUGUGAGCUAAGUGUCCUUGUUUUCUAUGUGGAUCUUGACCCUGGCUUGCUCUGUCUCACUGGGCUGGAUGACACUGUAUGUUGCCUCUUUUCUCCUUCACCCUUCCCUCCCUGCUAGCCUCCCUUUCUUCUCCCAAAGCUUUGGGUGCAAAACAGCUUCCCAUUUUGUGGAAUUUUUAUGUAGAAUAAACAUUUGUAACUGUAAA